AUGAUUACCAUGUGUUUCUGCCUUUCCCUCCCUCAGUUGCUCCUACUUUUCCUGGCAUUUCUCGUGAUGAGCCAGGUGAAAGGAGACUACAACUACGCUAGGGCGAUACGGCUCAGCUACAAGUUCUACGAAGCGCAAAGAGCAGGGCAGUUACCCGACAAUCAUAUCCCUUGGAGAAAGAGUUCUUUCCUGCACGAUGGAAGCGACAACGAAAUCGACUUGGUCGGUGGAUACUUCGACGACACUAAUCGAUGCGAAAGAAAUAACUGGAAUGACGUUGAUACAGCCGGAGACUACGUGAAAUUCGGUUUCCCGAUGGCAUAUACGACUACCGUCCUGGCCUGGGGGAUGAUCGAAUACGCUAAUGUCUACAAGAGGCCGUGCCUUGCGGCGGCAGGGAGAGCUCAACUGCGAUGGGCCACUGACUAUUUCAUUAAGUAUUCCAAAGGACAAAUUUUAGAAUCCAGGCGCUCGUCCGAACAUAUCAUGAUGUCAUUUCAGGCUCACCCUUCGGCAAAGAAGCUCUUCGGUCAGGUUGGGAAAGGAGAUGUCGAUCAUAAGUAUUGGGGUCGACCAGAGGAUUGGCCGUCCAACAUGGAAAGACCCUCGUAUUUCAUCGAUGAGAACUCUCCAGGAUCGGACUUGGCGGCGGAAACGGCAGCAGCCAUGGCUGCAAGCUCCAUGGUGUUCAGGGGAAACGACGACACCUAUGCGGACACCCUCCUUCGGCAUGCGAGGGAACUCUAUGCCUUCGCCGAUGAGAAAAUAGUCCGCUACUCCGAAUCUAUCCCCGAUGCUCAGGAGUUUUAUCCUUCGACCUCAUGCAAGGACGAACUGACAUGGGCGGCAGCAUGGCUGUAUCGGGCGACUGGAGAAACGUCUUACCUGGAUGAUGCGGCGAAUAAAUACGUUGAAUUUGAGCUGGACCACCGACCGUCGGAGUUUUCUUGGGACGACAAGAAUGCAGGCGUUCAAGUACGUGCGUUUCUCUCGUGUUCUCGGUUCGACGCCGAUCCAGCCGUACUUCUCGCGGUGUUGACCGAAGAGGAGAAAUACAAGAGUGCAGUUGAAGCCUUUUGCAGUUACAUUGUGGACGAGGUGCCUAGGACUCCGAAAGGUCUCGUCUUCAUUAGCGCGUGGGGAGUACUUCGUCACGCAGCUAAUGUCGCCUACGUCUGCCUAGUGGCAGCGGACAAACUGGCGAUAAACCAGGAGGCUUAUCGAAAUUUUGCAAAGCAGCAGAUCGAUUACAUGUUGGGAGACACCGGUUACAGCUAUCAGAUUGGAUUCGGCACAAAUUGCCCUCGACGCCCUCACCAUGCCUCUAGUUCUUGUCCGACUGUUGAGGCGUGCGGUGGAUGUGAAUGCAAUUGGAGUUAUGAGGCCACUCCGAAUCCGAAUCCGAAUCUGCUCGAAGGGGCUCUCGUCGGCGGGCCGGACGACCAAGAUCGUUUCACGGACAACCGGACGGAUUUCGUCACGAACGAGGUUACCCUCGACUAUAAUGCUGGCUUUCAAGGAGCUCUUGCCGGCCUCCUCAAUGCUCGCAUUUGAUGGACAGCGUCCGAGAUGAAAUAAAAUGCAUGUCAGAAUGAA